CACUUCGGCGGCCGCCCGCCGCGCGCCCUCGCCCGCCUUUGAAGUUUGCUGUGCCGGCCGCAAAGUUGGGACGCUUCCGCCGACGGAAUUUUUCGCUUCUCCCCGCUCCGCCCCCUCCCUCUGGUCGCCCGGUUUCCGGACGCCGGCGCCGGGCUGCUCGCGCCGCACCUCGGGGCGGCCGCUCUCCGCCUCCCCCGGGAGGCCGGACGGAUCUCUGAGGAUGGCGCUGCUCCGCUGCUGUCUGCUGUGGCUCCUCCUGCCCGUCGGCUGCGGGACCCAGAAGUUGCCCACGCGAGACGAGGAGCUGUUCCAGAUGCAGAUCCGGGACAAGGCGUUUUUCCAUGAUUCGUCAGUCAUUCCAGACGGGGCUGAAAUCAGCAGUUAUCUCUUUAGAGAUACGCUUAAAAGGUAUUUCUUUGUGGUUGAAGAAGACAACACCCCGCUGUCGGUCACGGUGACACCCUGCGACGUGCCCUUGGAGUGGAAGCUGAGCCUGCAGGAGCUGCCCGAGGAGACGAGCGGAGAGGGCUCAGUGGCAUCGCCAAAGCGUGGAGUGGGGUGUAUUUUGGCGAAGGUUCCGGCCCCGUGGUGCUGGACGAAGUGCGCUGCACGGGGAACGAGCUCUCCGUCGAGCAGUGUGCGAGGAGCUCCUGGGGACAGCACGACUGUGCCCACGGAGAGGACGCGGGAGUAUCCUGCACCCCCGUCACAGAUGGGGCCAUCAGACUCGCAGGGGGCAAAGGCAGCCACGAGGGCUGCUUGGAGGUGUAUCACCAGGGACAGUGGGGCUCUGUCUCUGACGACGGCUGGACGGUGCUGAACACAUAUGUGGUUUGUCAGCAGCUGGGAUUUAAAUACGGCAAACAAACCUCCGCAAACCACUUCCCAGAAAGCAUGGGUCCCAUAUGGCUGGACGAUGUCACCUGCUCCGGAAAGGAAACCAG